AUGAACAUCGGUGUGUUACUUGGUAAGGUCAACUCCAAUGAAAGGGCGACGCUUGUGGACGAUAUUAGGGGAGACGAGGACGACGUUAGGGUAGACGAGGAUGACGUUAGGGGAGACGAGGACGACGUUAGGGGAGACGAGGACGACGUUAGGGGAGACGAGGGUGACGACGUUAGGGUAGACGAGGACGACGUUAGGGGAGACGAGGACGACGUUAGGGGAGACGAGGACGACGUUAGGGGAGACGAGGGCGACGUUAGGGUAGACGAGGACGACGUUAGGGGAGACGAGGACGACGCUAGGGGAGACGAGGACGACGUUAGGGGAGACGAGGACGACGUUAGGGGAGACGAGGACGACGUUAGGGUAGACGAGGACGACAUUAGGGGAGACGAGGAUGAUGUUAGGGGAGACGAGUGA